AUAUUUUUAUUAGAACGGAGACUUUUGGCCUUGCAUAUAAAAGGACCCCCUCUCAAUGGUUGAGAGGAAGCGUUAGUACUUCGCUUUGAGAGUUUCACCGGAAAUCUUUGCCGGAGCUUUAUCGGGAAAAUCCAUCCAAGCUUGUCAAAGCUUCGUUAAGAGUGAGGUUGAAGGAAAAAAGGCGAAGAAUUUCUUGGAUCUGAUUAAAAAAAGUUGGAAAUUUCUGGUUGGAGGAAGAGAAAUUUCUCUUCUCAAAACGAGGUCUUUUUGUCUGGGACUUCGACUCCUUUGAGAUUUCUGAAUCCCUUGCGACUUUGCUUUUUUUCUUUUUGCCUUUUGCUCUCCUUUGGAGAAAUGGGAGCGAAGGUAGCUCCGACCUGUUUGCAUUGGUCGCAGCCGAUUGUUUCCCAUCCUCCCUCCUCAUCUCAAACGUUAGCCUCGGUGGUCUCAUUUCCGUCAGGACGAAGAAGCCACCGUGGCGAUGGCGGAACUCUCGUGUGCCACUACGUGCAGAGGCUGUACCGAUCGGCUCUGUUCGGAGCUUCAUCGACGGCGCUUUUCCGGUCCCUAUCUUGCGAGCAGCCGAAGCCGAGAAUUCGAAUUCUCAAAAAAGUUUGCAGUGCCAGCUUAGAUGAAUUUUCGGACGAAGAAUUCUCAAAGCAGAUUCAGGAAUUGGCACUCCAGUUCCAACUUUCGGGCGAUGACGAUGACAACACUUCCACCAUCGCCAUGGAUGAUUCGGAAUCACAGAUGGUUUACGAUUCCAGAGACGUGAAUAGCGCAGAUAGUUGUAGCAGUUUCAACCGUAGCGUCAACUUUGUACAGACUCAGCACCAGAUACCACAAGGUCCAAACCCAUCUUCGGAGCUCGAGCCUCCGUGGCCAGAAAUGCAGCAAGGGCCACCGGAUUGGGUCAGAAGAGACGAGAUAAUCCCCGCGAGUAUCGAGCGCAAGGCGAACAGCGUGGAUCUUCCGCUUUCGCUUCGAAUGAUUAAGCGAAAGAUGCAAUGGCAGGAGGGGUACUUCAGAGAAGUAGGAGAAUCGGCUUACUGCUCGGUAAAGAAGGCCUUCUCGUCAAUGGUGUUCAUAAUCAGAGAACUCCAAAGCUACACGUUGCAGAUGAGAGAGCUUUUGUUUUACGAAGAUGUGCAGGGGAUUCUCGCGCGGGUUCAGAGAGAGAUGCACACUUCGUUCGUGUGGCUCUUUCAGCAGGUCUUUUCUCACACUCCAACCCUGAUGGUGUACGUGAUGAUUCUCCUCGCGAAUUUCUCCGUCUAUUCCAUGGGGCAUAGCAACGCUGCUAUGGCAGCUUCAGUGCGGCUCGAACCUUACGCAGCUACGACGGAUAUGGCCUCAGUGGUUGAAAUCGAUCAGGACCAGAAGCACGAGAGGUUUGAUUCCUCGGCAAUUAAGAAAUUCUCGGUUUCGUCUUCGUGGGGGAAGACGACAUCGAUCGACGGAAACAAUGGCGGAGGCGGCAAAGUCCGGCCAGUGGGUAGUGGAACCGAAGGUGAAGGAAAGUUUAAUGGGCCGGAUUACCACUACCGGAAAAUUCUUCCCGAUGGGGCUUCUUCCCAAUUGUCCUCCUCUUACGACGCUACAAGAGAGGGGGAGACAGAGGAAGAAGAGGCGGCUCUAUGGAACGCCAUAGUCGAAGAAGCUUCGAAUAUACGGUCCGCAAUCCUAGACGAAGCUCUCGAUCAAGAAACCAUGCAACGGUUCGUCUCGCCAGUGACGGCCAAGAUCGAAGCGGACUACGAUUACGGAGAUUACUUGAGAACGGAGCUGCUGUACCUGACAGAGUUGGCCCAAGAGCACAGCAACCCUCUUGUCCUCGCCAACUUUGCUCAGUUCCUUUACCUGGUCGCCCGUGACUACGACAGAGCGGAGGAGUACUUCAGGAAGGCAGUAGGGACUGAGCCACCAGAUGCAGAGGCACAUAGCAAAUACGCGAACUUCUUGUGGAAAGUGAAGAAAGACUUGUGGGCUGCAGAGGAGAGAUUCUUGGAGGCCAUCUCGGCCGAUCCCAGCAACCCUUACCAUGCUGCUAACUAUGCUAAUUUUCUCUGGAACACUGGUGGAGAAGACACUUGUUUCCCUCUUGGCCCUUCCGACACCACCCAAGAUGCCUAAAUCUCCAAAAUAAUAUUCCUAAUCAUUUCUUAGUUCCCAUCAUACCACAACCCUCUUUUUGUUUAUUACAUUCGGGAUUUUGUUAUUACAUAAUAAAACAUGCAACCCCAAAAGAAAAUAGCAAGAGAGAAUAUAUAUUCCUUGUGUUUUUUA